AAGGAAGAGGUGAAAAGUUGAAAAUUUGUUUUGCACGGAAUCAUCCGACGUCGUUGCUUGCGUAUUAUUAUAAUUUCGAGCACAAUUAAUUGGCCGAAAAGGUCCCAAUUCGUGUUAUUUCUAUUGCGUUGGUGAACUUGGUGAAUUGAUAAUGCGUUCGAUCAUAGUUUAAGUUUAAUCGGCGAGUGAAAAGUUCAAUUUUUCUCAUUAGCUCCUGCGCGUGUUUAUCCGAAAAGUAAAUGAUUCGGUAAAGCUGCUGAUGGUGCAAAGGGGAAUGGAUGAAUCCAUUCGCGCUGUGAAAAUAAGGUUUUAGCAACCUUUGGCUAUAUAAAGUAAAAUUGUUUAUUUUACUGGUAAUAUUGCAAUCAAACCAAGUGCAAUUAACAGCGAACCUAAGGCUUAAAAGUUCCAUAGCCACAAAAGAUUUGGGAGGCAGAUAAGCGAAGGUUCUAGAUAUUGAGAGAAGAUUAUUAUAAUAAAAGAAACUGUUUACUCAUAGCAAAGCCGUUGGUUGUCAAUAUUCACUUAAGUGUGUUUACCGUUGAUGUUUAUUCGUGAAACGUUGUUUGAGCUACUAACAAUAAAAUGUAAAGUCCACUGUACUGUUCGGAUUUGAUCAGACCAAUUUAAAUCAUACUAAAUGGAAUGGAAAGUUAGUCCUUUUUUACUAUCGACCUAAUCAGACAAAUACAUCUUAGCGUUUACAAUAACUGUUAUAAUGGAGAGAAAGGGCAGUUAUGAUCACGUAAAAGCCCUUGUGAGCAGCAUACAUGGCUCGUUCCCUAGUGCAAUGGUUCUGGAUAGCGGUUUUCCGACCAGUUCGAGAUCUUCAGCUCCGAUGAUACCCCCUGAGGAUCUAGCUAACCCUAACCGAAGUCAUGCUGUGUCCCCUACCGGAGACAAUGGAAGCGAAUCCGGGGCCAUUUCUCCCAGCAAGAUACCGCAUCGUCUCCGAAUACCAUCGCUUGUCGUAACAGGUUCGCUCUCACCAUACCCCAUGAGCAGUAACCCUACGGGAAUCGGAAUCGAAGGAGAUAACACUCCCCGGCGCUUCAGUUUUGCUCUCAUGAGACGACACUCCAACACGGCAUUGAAUCGGUGCGAUUCCAUGGGCUCGUUGAGUCACCGUACUUUACUACAAUUCUUGGAAUCAGACGACUUAGCUGGACUGAAGUCGUUCCUCGGCACCCGACAGCUGCAGGUCGAUGACCGUGACGAGAAUGGUACCACCGUCUUGAUGCUAGCUUGUGGCCGUGGAGCCACGAAUUUUGUCAAAGAGCUUAUUGCGCGUGGUGCAGAUGUUCAGGCGCAAGACUUGGAUAACUGGUCUCCGUUGCUGUUUGCGGCAAAGGCCGGACAUAUUGAUAUCGUUGAAAUCUUGCUUGAUAAUGGAGCUGAAAUCGAACAUCGGGAUAUGGGUGGCUGGACCGCUCUUAUGUGGAGUUCUUACAAGGGGCAUACUGCUAUUGUAUCGCUUUUAAUUCAGCGAGAAGCUGAUGUACAGGCACAUGGGAACUACCAUCUGAAUCCACUGUUGUGGGCUUCUGGGCGCGGGCACACUGAAAUAGUGAAGUUGUUGAUUAAUACUGGAGGCGCCAAGCCAAAUGUCGGCGAUAAGUACGGAACGACCCCUUUGGUGUGGGCUUGUCGUAAAGGAAAUGCAGAGAUCGUCGACGUGCUUCUUAAAGCGGGGGCAAAUGUUGAUACUGCCGGUAUGUACUCAUGGACUCCGCUUUUGGUAGCCGUGUCCGGUGGACAUCAGGAAUGUGUAUCACUUCUGCUGGAAAGGAAACCCAACGUUAACGCAUUAGAUAAAGAUGGGAUGACAGCACUUUCAAUAGCGUGCCGCGAAGGGCUUACUGAAAUAGCGUCUUCACUUAUUGCUGCCGGAGCAUAUGUAAAUGUGCAGGAUAGAGCAGGAGAUACGCCGUUGAUAAACGCUGUCAAAGGAGGUUACCGAAGCGUUGUGGAAAUUCUACUAAAACGCCACGUGGACGUUGAUAUUCAGGGAAAGGACAGGAAAACUGCCUUAUAUACCGCUGUAGAAAAGGGUCACACAUCGUUAGUGAAAUUAAUAUUACAAUCCAAUCCCGAUUUGGAGCUAUCGACCAAAGAUGGCGACACGCCGCUUCUACGAGCGGUACGUAAUAGAAGCUUGGAAAUGGUGCAAAUGCUUCUGGAACGUAAGGCCAAAGUUGGAGCAACAGACAAACGUGGUGACACUUGCUUGCACGUAGCUAUGAGAGCUCGGUCAAAGGCAAUAGUUGAAGCUCUUCUAAGUAAUCCUAAAUAUAGCCAAUUGCUGUACCGAUCCAAUAAAUCUGGCGAAACACCCUAUGGAAUAGAUGCCAUGCACCAGAAAACCAUAUUAGGUCAAGUUUAUGGAGCCAGACGUCUGAACGCUCACGAAGACUCGGAAGGAAUGCUCGGGUAUGGUUUGUAUUCUUCGGCUCUGGCAGAUGUACUUAGCGAACCAACAUUGACAACACCUAUAACGGUUGGACUUUAUGCUAAAUGGGGCAGUGGAAAAAGUUUUCUGCUGGCAAAGUUGCGUGAAGAAAUGAAAAGCUUUGCACAGCAAUGGUCCGAACCACCCAUAAGGGCGCCUUUUUUGUUCUUUCUUCUUUGUUUGCAUCUAGCAUUGGUUAUCGGAACUAUUGUUGGGCUUUCAACGAGGUGCUACAUUUGGGGGCUCGUCACCGGAUUUUCACUUCUGAUUCUUAUCUAUUUCAUAAAUUAUUUGUUCAAGUUCUUGGAUCGACGAUACGAUCUUGAGUGGAUCUACUCACUAAACUAUGGAAUAUCUAAAAAACUCGGAAAACUUAGAUUGAUUCUACAAGUUGCCUUUUGUCAUCCUCCUGGCCCACAAAGUGAUUCACAACCAAUGCCUAUUCGUUUUCACUUCGCCGAAGCUAGUGGAGCAGCUCCGAAUGGAGAUGCGGCUGUAGCAUUUAUGCUCGCUUCGUUAUUCGAUGCGAUUGAAGCUCAUUACGGAUCGCUGGCGACUGGACUUUACAGGGCAUUCAGACCAAAACCAUCUACCGGUGGAUGGAAAUGGCGUCGCAUGUGCUGCAUUCCUGUCAUAAUACUUUUUGAGCUGGGUAUCCUCGGUGUUCUUACAACGGCUUCUUUAUCAAUUGUCUACUCUGAAUACGGUAUCGAAGGAAGAGAAGAGAUUGCCGUUGCUAUCUACAUACUGCUUGGAUUCUUGUUGGCAGGCACUAUUGCAAAUCUUCACGCGUGGUCCAAGCUAAUCGGGGCCCUGUUCAUGUCCCAGGGAAAGCAUUUGAGACGUGCCUUCAAUAGUAACGAAGCUGCGCCGUUGACCGCUUUGGGAGCAGAAGUGAGUUUGAUGACCGAUAUGGUGCGUUGUUUGGAUGCGUUUACCAAUCAACAGAGCCGAUUGGUUGGAGUUGUAGAUACACUCGAUUCCUGUGAUACUGAACGAACGCUAGCCAUAUUAAAUGCCAUUCAGACGCUGUUGUCGGCCCCUCAAAGACCAUUUGUCCUUCUGCUCGCCGUUGAUCCCCAUGUGGUAGCAAAGGCUGCAGAAGCUAACAGUAGACGUUUGUUCACAGAAGGCGGUAUUGGUGGGCAUGAUUUCUUAAGGAACUUAGUGCACUUACCCGUUUAUCUUCAAAACUCUGGCUUAAGAAAAGUUCAAAGAGCGCAAAAUACCGCUAUGGCUACAUAUCGCCGAAUUAUUCCGGAUUCUGGUAGAGACGAUGAGACACAUUUAGGCCAUUCAGUCUCUGCGAGAAGACUGUCCAAUGCAUCUGAAAUCAUGUCCAGCCAAGAAAAACUACGUUCAGGGCCGGGUACAUCCAGAACUGGAAGCAAGAAACUGCGUGUAUCCGAUUCUAUAGCAAGCUCCAUAGGGUCCAACUUACACAAACUCGGUCAAAAUCCGCCAGUGGAUUUAUCUAAAAUAAUCCUCACAGAUGAUUACUUUAGUGAUGUAAAUCCUAGAAGCAUGAGAAGAUUAAUGAAUGUUAUUUACAUUACUGUACGCCUUUUGAAAGCAUUUCAAAUCGAUUUUAGCUGGUAUCGCCUUAGUUCGUGGAUAAAUUUAACAGAACAAUGGCCUUUGCGAGCCAGUAUGAUCGUAUUGGAACAUGACCAAGCAGGAGACAGCUUUGAUGAUUCUAUGUCACUGCAGUCUGCCUAUGAUAAGGUUCGUCCUAAAAUAGCAUGUCUUCGGGAAGCUGCUAAUCUUUUAGAUCUCGAUCGCGAUGAACGCAAGUUGGACGCUUUCCUACAGUUACAUAAAUCUGAUUUGCUUAUUUCCGAUUUGCGUAUAUUUUUGCCAUUCACCAUCAACCUAGACCCUUACCUCAGAAAAGUUCUCAAGGAGGAUCAACAGGCACUCGAAGAUGAAGGCAUAAUUAUUCCUGUGAAAAGUACUAUGCCACCGAUAAAACCGCAUGGAAUUUUGCAUUCCAGACAUCAGCAACAUCAUGGUAUGCUCCAUCCUACUUCUCAGCUACCAAACAGUCUUCCAAAUUGGACGGGUUUUUAUAACGCCCCUCCAGCAAUAGCUAUGAUGAAUUACUACAAUCCCAAUCUAGCCACACUUAUGCAAACCCCACCAGACAUCGGUGGUCAUAGAAAACCUGACACAAGUAACAUGUUUAUGGAUCAAAGUAAUGAGAGUCACUCCUCAGGGUUUAAUGCUUUCGCUGGGACUAGCAAAUUAUUCUCGAAAAAUCAAACAACUCCCGUCUCACCUCCAAUCGAGUUUGAUAUUUCGAAUAUAAAGUUAGCAAAAUUAACAGUAGAGGAAGUUAUAGAUCUACUCGGUCGUGUUGGAGAACUGAAACCAGCCAUAGAAAAAAUAUCAACUGUUCUUCGAGAAAAUGCUGUUUCUGGGCGUGUUUUGUCAUAUUGUAAUCUGGAUGAACUAAAAUCUGUACUCAAUGUUAGCUUUGGUCAUUGGGAAAUUUUCAAAAUGCUUAUAACUGCGUUAAAAGAGAAUGAAACUACAACUAAAAAAUUGACCAAAACAACAUCGUUCGCUAAGACCGUUAACGAAAGUUUAGAAAUCAAUGACAACAUGCCGUCAACCUCUCAACAGCCACAACCUUCUGCUUCUUCACAUUUUCAACCAAUACGACAAAAAUCGCAAAACGUAAUGGAGAAACAGCCCUCUAAGGUUCACGAUUAUGAGUAUCUACAGGUAACCCUGGAGGAGCAAAUGAUUUGUGGUGCACUGCAGACCCUGAAUGAGGACGCUUUCGAAGACGUUGUCGGGAGCGAACGACCCAGCCCCAGUGUUUCUAUCCGAAGUUCACCUCUACCUUCCCCUAAGCAAACAACCUCCAUAUUGAAACCUACAGGGAGUAUAAGAAGAACUGAUAGGCGUGUUACCGUUUGUGAAGCAAACGACAACAACACGCUCACACCAACUUUCAUCGAAAUCCUCAAUGAAAAUUUGAAUCGCAAAUCAUUUGGUAAGAUAUUUUUUAUAAUAUUAUGGAAUAAAACCAAAAAUAAAAUAAUGAUCAUUAAUAAAGGGCCCUAUUACAUAAGACGAGUCGAGUAACUCGACUCGACUCCAGUCACUUUCGAGUCGAGCGAAAUGUCGUAUUACAGUAGUCGAGUGAAAAAGCCGAGUCACGAACAUUCAAGCAGUCGACUCAGUCGAGCUACUCGUCUGAAGUCGGCUCGACUCGACUACUGUAGUACCAAAAUGGCUCACUCGAGUAAAAUGAUUCGUGACUCAUCUUAUGUAAUAGGGCUCAAAAUAUUCGAAAAUUACUGUAACUUUUAAUACUUAUGUUAAAGUGAAAUAGUAUAUGCUUUGAACUAUUACGCAAAAUGAAAAAGUUAAUCAAAAU